CUUCUGCCUUUCUUUUCGUAAACUAACUUGUAAAAAAGACAGUAGAGUGGCUCUGUUCGAAACCUUGAAAUUCAAUUUGCUCAUUUCAGGCAGGUCUUUUAGAGCUUAUGCUGUAGUUGAAUGGUAGGUAUAGAACUCAGCUUUUAAAUGGGUGGUUAUCAAAUCUGAAAUUAACAAAGGUAGCCAACGUAGUUUUUUUUAAAAAUUCUGUACCCGUCAGAAGCCUUGCAGCUUAUGUUUUCUUGAUAUUUCCUUGAUGAUUAAAAUAUGGGUAUAUUCUCUUUUAGUUAUUUAUUAAACUGCAUGAUGAGAGGAGCUGGUGGAGCUGGGUAGGUAACUCUAGGGUCUUGUUCUAAAGCAAGCUGCUUAUUUUCACUGUAUCAAAUACAUACAUCAGUGGCAGAUUUUAUUCUUAAUUUGGUGACUUAGAUUCUAAAGACAUUUGGCAAAGGAUUUUAACUUAGAAUUUUAAUUACUGUAUUUCAGAAAUUAUUCACUUAUGAAUAGGUUCAGUACAUUUCAAACGUAGUUGUACUUUGACAUAUUAAACAAAUGACAAACGAACUGGAAGUCACAGUGUUUAUGGACAGAAAUGAUCAGACGAAAUUAAGUGGAAAAUAGUUCAGAACUUUAUUUUGAAAACUAGACGUUUUGACCACAGUAUCUGCCUGAGAAUCAAUGCCUGUAAUUUACAAAUGUAUCUGAGAGGUCGGACUUGCAGCUGGAAAUAGCUCAUUCUGUCAAAAGUAGUGCUGACGGUGGAGGAAAAUGUCAGAGCUGGUGCAUGACGUUAAAGGUCUUGAUCCUGUUUUUAGUGUCCGAGAUGGACAGUGAAUAAAAGGCAUUCCAUCAUCUCUCAAGUUGCUUUCCUGAAAAUAAAAGAGUUUGGGCUCUUUAUUGUCCUUCUGCCCCCUUUCGCAUGUUUUCUGCUCUUCAGACAAAAAUGUGCCCGACUCGGGACCCCGCAGGUAGCGCGACUUGCUUUCGCCUUGCUUACCGGGCCCGCAGGAGCACCAUCUUUCGUGGCCGGGUGAAAGGUCUCGGCGUGGGCUGUGUGUGCAUGUGUAUCUCCCCGAGCAUUUGAAGGAUCCCUGUAGCGCUCCAGUUCGGGCAGACUGGGGAAGGAAACGGCUGGCCGGAGCUACCGUGCACAGGCAAAACAAGCACCGCCCGGGCUCGAAAUUGCCCGGGACCUUCUGGAGCCCCCGCCUCGGAGCCGGAGGGAGGAGAAAGCGGCAGCCGCCGGAGUGCCUGAUCAGCUUUCUAGCAGGAGAACGAUCAUGGAGGUGGUGCCAGCUGAGGUGAAUAGUUUGCUUCCAGAGGAGAUAAUGGACACUGGUAUAACUUUAGUGGAUGAUGAUAGUAUUGAGGCUGUUAUUGUUUCAUCCCCAAUUCCCAUGGAGACAGAACUGGAAGAGAUUGUCAACAUAAAUUCUACUGGUGACUCUACAGCCACGCCCAUUUCCACGGAACCAAUCACAGUGUACAGUAACCACACUAACCAAGUUGCAGUGAAUACCACAAUUACUAAAGCAGAUUCUAAUACCACAGUGAAACCAGCUUUUCCAAGUGGCCUUCAAAAACUUGGUGCUCAGACUCCUGUGACUAUAUCAGCCAAUCAGAUUAUUUUAAACAAAGUAUCACAGACAUCUGAUCUUAAACUUGGCAAUCAGACCCUUAAACCAGAUGGACAGAAGUUAAUUUUAACAACUUUGGGCAAGUCUGGUUCACCAAUUGUUUUAGCACUACCCCAUAGCCAACCCCAGGCUCAGAAAGUUACAACUCAGGCCCAGUCAGGAGAUGCUAAGUUACCACCGCAGCAAAUUAAAGUAGUUACCAUUGGAGGGAGGCCAGAGGUGAAACCUGUCAUUGGUGUCUCAGCAUUGACCCCAGGAAGUCAACUGAUUAAUACUACAACUCAGCCCUCUGUGUUACAGACCCAACAGUUAAAAACAGUACAGAUUGCUAAGAAGCCGCGAACACCAACCUCUGGUCCAGUAAUCACGAAGCUGAUCUUUGCAAAACCAAUUAAUAGUAAAGCAGUUACAGGACAGACAACUCAAGUAUCACCACCAGUCAUUGCAGGUAGGGUUCUUUCACAGUCUACUCCUGGGACUCCGUCAAAGACCAUAACAAUAUCUGAAAGUGGUGUUAUUGGAUCAACUUUAAAUUCUACAACACAGACACCAAAUAAAAUAGCCAUCUCACCUUUGAAAUCGCCAAAUAAGGCAGUGAAAUCAGCUGUGCAGACCAUCACUGUUGGAGGCGUGAGCACAUCACAAUUUAAGACAAUUAUUCCUCUGGCAACUGCUCCCAAUGUCCAGCAGAUUCAAGUGCCUGGAAGCAAGUUUCAUUAUGUCCGACUUGUUACUGCCACAACAGCCAGUAGCUCAACCCAGCCAGUUAGUCAGAAUCCCAGUACAAACACUCAGCCUCUUCAGCAAGCAAAACCAGUGGUUGUUAAUACCACCCCAGUGCGGAUGUCAGUUCCGCUUGUCUCAGCGCAGACUGUCAAACAAGUCGUUCCAAAACCAAUCAAUCCAACUUCCCAAAUAGUCACCACCAGCCAGCCACAGCAGCGGCUCAUCAUGCCUGCCACCCCACUGCCACAGAUCCAGCCAAACCUCACGAACCUGCCACCAGGCACUGUGCUGGCACCGGCUCCGGGAACAGGGAAUGUGGGCUAUGCAGUGCUUCCCGCUCAGUAUGUGACUCAGCUACAGCAGUCUUCCUAUGUGUCUAUAGCAAGCAACUCCAGCUUUACCGGAACACCUGGUAUCCAGACCCAGGCAAGACUUCCAUUCAAUGGCAUAAUCCCAUCAGAGUCUGCCAGUCGGCCCAGAAAGCCCUGUAAUUGUACAAAAUCGCUGUGUUUGAAAUUAUAUUGUGAUUGCUUUGCAAAUGGUGAAUUUUGCAACAACUGCAAUUGUACUAAUUGUUAUAAUAACUUGGAACAUGAAAAUGAAAGGCAAAAAGCAAUAAAGGCAUGCCUUGACAGAAAUCCGGAAGCUUUUAAGCCUAAGAUAGGGAAAGGAAAGGAGGGAGAAUCAGAUCGACGUCACAGCAAAGGAUGUAAUUGCAAACGAUCAGGAUGUCUUAAAAACUACUGUGAAUGCUAUGAGGCAAAAAUAAUGUGUUCCUCAAUAUGCAAAUGUAUUGGCUGUAAGAAUUUUGAAGAAAGCCCAGAAAGAAAGACAUUGAUGCACUUGGCAGAUGCAGCCGAAGUAAGGGUACAGCAACAAACAGCAGCAAAGACUAAGUUAUCCUCUCAAAUUUCGGACUUGCUUACUAGGCCAACACCAGCUUUGAAUAGCGGAGGAGGAAAAUUGCCAUUUACGUUUGUCACUAAGGAAGUAGCUGAAGCUACGUGUAACUGCCUUCUUGCCCAGGCAGAGCAGGCAGACAAGAAGGGAAAAUCAAAGGCAGCAGCUGAACGGAUGAUACUUGAGGAAUUCGGGCGAUGUCUGAUGAGCGUCAUCAGCUCUGCAGGAAAAGCAAAAAGUGACCCUUGUGCCAUGAAUUGCUAACUUUUGCACAAAAGACUGAUAAAUGGAACUAACUGUACAGAAAAUGGAAGGUGCGGGGACACUUGAUUUUCUGGAAGAUAGUUUAACAGUUAUUGUAUUGUUAUUCAGUCAUUGUGAGACCUGAAAUUGUAAUAUUGAAAGAGAAGAAAUUUUAAACAAGGAACUUAGUACAUUUUAAAUCUUAGUUAAAUCUGCUUAUGCCCCUUCUAAAUUGAAUUUUCCUUUAUUGUAUUAUAUAGAUUUUUAAUUUGCUUGGGUUUCUUAAGAACUAGAUGUUCUAUCCUUCUGAUUCUAUUAAGAACAUUUAUAAAUUACUAUUAUAUAAUUUAUAAUGAUGUAUGGCGUUGUAUGACUUUGUUCCCGUAGAAAAAGGCAAAGAAGCACUGGUUUUACCCAGUCAUUCUUUGGUACUACAUCUAGAAUAUAAGCAGAAUGUCUACAUAAACAAAUUCUUAGGAAACAUAUUCAAAUGACAUUUUGUGUUUAGAAAAGCACUAUCUUUUUAAGAAAAAUCAACUUUUUAGGGUGGAUUCUGGAAUAAUAUCCUGUUGUCACUGGGAAUUGUCAGAAUGGGAAGUAAUCCAUAGGUACAUUUUUAAAAGAAAAAAUUAUUUUGUUUUUUUAAAAAACAUGUAAAGUGUUAAGGGACAGAAAUUACUUCUCAAAGGAUGGACAAUUUGUUUCUAUAAUAAGGAGUGACUAAGAAAUACUCUGGGAUGUUUCCAUUUUCUUUCAAGGAGGCGGUAUGUAUUUGAAAUAAUAAAUUGUCAGUGAUUAAGGGGUACUAUUAAAAUGAGCGGUGCGUUUGAAUAGAAGUAAAUACACUAUUAUGUAGUGAUACAAUAGAACCUUACAUAAUUAUCAGGUAUAAAAUUUGGCUUGGAUGGAGACAUAAAGGAUAUUGAAGCUCUAAGAGAUGAAUUUAGAGAAGGAUUUUUCAUCCAUACAAACAGUUCUCUUUGUAGAGUUCUGAACUAAGAGGUUUCAAAACAGUCUACGACUCUUACUUGAUUUACUGAAAGGGGCCUCCUAUCAAAGCUUUCAAAAUGGUAGUGGGAUUUCUUUUUAUAAGGGAAGCUUAAUAUAGCAUUAUUUUUAGCCAGUGAUUUGGUAAGCUAAAGGUAUGAGUGUUUUCAUAUAAUUACUAAAAUAACCUAAGUCAUUUUCAGUAAUUCAGAAUUCAAAAGCUUUAUGAAUUUAAGAGCCUGUUAUAAUAGGACUCUGGAUUUUAUGAUGAGAAAAAACCAUGUUGGAAUUCAGGCAUUUUAUUAGGUACCUUAAUCCUCAGUAAUUAGUAGUAUAUGAUUAUUACAUUUCCUACAAGGACUCUAUAGUUGUAUGUAUUAAGUGUGUAUAUAUGUUCAUAUGAACAUGCAAGAUAUAGGCAGUAGAAAUUAAUCCAAAAGAAGGUUCCGUUAUUCAUUAUCUUCCUUUUGAAAUCUGGAUUUACAAAAUUAUAGUGCAGUAACUUUAAAUGUAGAUAGUGCAAACAUUCUUAGCACCUCAAUCUAGUAUGUUUAAUUAAAAUUUGUAAAAAUGUAAAUUAGUGUAAGAGGAUAAAAUAAUAUCUAAUCAAGUUAUUUUUCAAAAGAUUACAAUACCUUUUUGGUCUAAACCUAAACUUUGUUCAUUUUGUACAUAUUCUGUGUUUAAUUCUAAUUGCACCUUUGUGAUGUGUAUUUAUAUACAGUGUGCAUAAAAUGUUUGUGAAAUUUGGAUUACAAUUGUAGAUUAUGUAUGACGGCAUUGCUUGAGAAUGUUUUGCUUGUAAAAAUUUGAAGGUGCAAUCAAAUGCUACUAGUUUUUCUGAUUUUCAAGAAGCUAUCUAAAGUAUUAA